GGCUAUUCUGAAAUAAUCGUAAAAUCUGUCAAACAUAAACAUGUCAACCAUGUCCAUGCUAUUGAAAAACGACAACAGAGAGGAGCUCAUGCUACUUGUUAGCAUGCAGGCAUUGGUCAGAGGGACCCUGAUUAGGAAAUCGUUAAUGGAGCUGAGAGCAGAGUUUGAAGAAAUCAACAAAGAACUUGAAGGAGGAGCUUCCGCUAGAGUGUCCACUGAUUGGCCAGCAAAUACACCCUGUAGACCAAGGUUCAAAUCAGCUAAGGAGGACAGUGAUAUACUGCAGAGACUAGCCGAGAAAGGCUGGUGCAAACUGCAACCUUCACAUCAAUCUGAACAGUCAGGGGGUACAAAGGGUGAUGCAGCGUCCCAACAGUAUUCAUCCGACUUCCAGUCAAGAUCGUCUUCAUCAUCAUUGGAGGAGUCUGUGCAAUCAUCUUCUGUGGGUUCCUCAUUACCACCUGGUGCAGGUGCAGAGGGAGAUAGGCCUAGUGCACAAAGUCACUCAGAGAAUUCCCAUGUAGAUUAUGAAGGUUUAACUGAUGUUCAGUCUCCUGUUACAUCAAUAAAGGAAACAACAGAAAAUACACAACCAUUAGAACAAACAAUAAACAUGCGAGAACAACUUAAAGAGAAUCCAGAUGCUUCCAAAUCUUUUUCAUCUGCACGAUCUGAUAGGGGAACCGAGCCGAAUGGGGAAAGAGAAUCCCCUUUUAAGUCGGGACAUGGAGUGGAAUCUAUCUCGGCGGAAACACUUGAUGCAAGGGGUGAGAGUGAGAGAAGUAGGGGCACUGAAGAAGAUGAGGAUCAUGCUCCAGUCAGAGGGGGUUACCAUGGUGAGAAGAUGAUGCAUAGACAGAGCUUAAAUGAAACUGAAUUCACCCUGGUGUCUUCCGUGGAGGCAUCUUCUGUUCAUCUGUCAUCCUUGGACGAUGAGAGUGUUUCUGGAAAUGCUGUCCUUGAGGACGAACGACUUGAGUAUGGUGGUGUUGAAACGACAUCAAAGAGCGAGGUCAUGGAGGAUUUAGACCAAGAUGAAAGUGAACUUGGAGUUCUUUUGUCAUCAACAAGUCUUGGGGAUCAGUCUUCUUCUAAUCAAUAUAACGGCUCAGCAGCAGCAGAUGUUGAUGCAAAAAGGGAUGGCAGUGAGGAGUUAGAUAGUGAGGGACAAGAGGACCAGAUCAGGCAGAGGUCAUCUGCGGGCCACAAUGGACCCCAACAAUCAUCACCACAAAGGUCCAAGGCCGAUUCAUCACCCCUUGUUCCCGUCUUCCACCAGUCAUCAAACGGUGAAGGACAAGCUUUGCACUCACAAACCAUGAGCAGUCUCCCACAUGAUGAAGAGAGGCCAUCUCUGCUACGCACAUGUAGUCAGCAGACCAGCCUGAGCCAAGGAAACAGAAUGGAAUCAAAGGGAUCUAAACAUGUUGACCCUAAACAAAAGCAAAGCACAGUGACCUCUGAGGGGUCAAUUGGAAGGUCGUUAGGCGCCAUGGGAGUUGAUCCUGAUCACAGCAGGCAAAGUUCAAUGCAGGAUGAUCAUCGAGUGAGUGACCUUGAUGCAUCUGUAGCUGCAGACAUGACCUCCAUUUGGAGCACAGACCUGUCUGGUAUCGAUGAUGAACAAGUGCCACAGAGAGAUGAAGCAAAGCUGAAAGAGAUGAGAAACAACAUGGCCAUGGAGUUGCUGUGGAUACAGCAAGCCAUUGAAAGCAGGAAGAAUUAUCUGAGGCUAAAGAGCAAGAUGACCUGCAGCGACGCAACAGAUCAGUGAUGACCUGCCAGCGACACAGAGGGCAGCAGACAGAACAGAUCAGUGAUGACUUGCCAGUGACACAGAGGGCAGUAGACAGAACAGAUCAGUGAUGACUUGCCAGUAGUGGACACAGAGGGCAGCAGCACAGUCAAGACCAAGCUCUCCAACAUCAAAAGGUAGCCGAUUUUCUAACCAUGGAAUAAUAGGAAUGUAGACACAAACAUAAUAGGUUUCCAAUGUUUAAAUAGAAUAACAAAGUGCCACCAGGCUUUAUGAUGAUGAUACUUUCUUAGCACAUUCAUUGAUCAUGCCAAGCAUGGAAGACUACAGAAAGAGAAAAUAAUGUGUUUGUUUUGUUGGAUUGUUUUACCUGACUGCUAAGAAAACAUAUGUAUGCAACCAGUGGACCAACGUCUUUUAGUCCUCUCUGAGGAACUUGGUAAUGAGGGUUAAUGCCUUCAUAAAGGAUACUAGCGCAUUGACUUGGUUUUGAACCCGGGAUGUCCCGGUAACAAGACCACUGCUCUUCCACUGAACCGUAGCACUGAACCAAACAGGCCUGAUAAAAACCUGAUUUUAAUCGGUUUUCCAAUUU